AGAAAAGAAAAAUGGAAACCCAUAGCAAUUUUGGGUUACAAAUAUUGAAAUUGGGAGAGCAGAGCAGAGACAGUAGUUUCAAAAUUUUCCCAGAAACCACUUUCAAACACACAAAUUCCCACUUUUUCUUUCGAAAAACAAGAACAUUUAUUUCCAUAAGCAAAGAGAACAGAGUAAGAAAAAGAAAAAAAAGAAAAACUCUCAUCGAACACUCAUUCCUCCAAUCUUCUUUUUUUUUUUUUCCUCCAUUCUUUCAGUGUGUGUUUUCUUUCUUUCUUUCUUUCUUUCUGGUCCUCCAUUCAAUCAAUUGCUUCUCCACGCCCUUGUAUUUAUGUCCCCCACGCGCAUCUUUCUCUCUUUUUCUAUGCAAAAACCUGUUUCUUGAUUCUUGUUUUAGUUUCUAUAAAUAGCGCUAGAAUUUGAAAAGAAAUUACUUGAAUCUUGUAUUAGCUUUAUAAAAAUGGAUACUUCUAGUUUUCACCUUCUUUGACUAGACUGUAGAAUUUGAAAAGAAACACAAUCCAUUUCUUGAAUUCUCUUCUUUACCAAAACCCAUUUCUUGAACUUGCUCUAGCCUCAUUCAAAUGGGUUGAAUUAAGCGGUAGAAUUGUGAAAAGAAACGAACUUUUUUAGAUCUUGGAGCAUUUCUUUGGGAAGCCCAGAGAAGAAAUGGUGGCUGAAGCUUGGAUUUUGAAGAUGGGUAACCAGGUAAGUAGCAAUCUAAAGCAAGCACUACUUCUUGAAACUUACAAGAACAAGAAAAAUAACCCACAAAGAACAGACACCGCUAAAGAGAGGGAAACUAUUGGCAUUCUUUCUUUUGAAGUUGCUAAUGUUAUGUCUAAAACUGUUCAUCUUCAUAAAUCUCUCACUGAUUCUGAGGUCUCUAAGCUUAAAGUUGAGAUCUUGAAAUCCGAGGGAGUUAAGAAGUUGGUUUCUACUGAUGAAAGUUGCCUUCUUUCACUUGCUUUAGCUGAGAAGCUUGAUGACCUGAAUAGGGUUGCUACUGUUGUUUCUAGAUUGGGGAAGAAGUGUGUUGAGCCUGCUUUGCAAGGUUUCGAGCAUGUUUAUGGGGAUAUAGUGAGUGGGGUUAUUGAUGUGAAGCAAUUGGGUUUCUUAGUUAAAGAUAUGGAAGGGAUGAUUAGGAAAAUGGAGAGGUAUGUUAAUGCAACUUGUAAUUUGUAUGCUGAAAUGGAGGUGUUAAAUGAGCUAGAGCAGGCUACCAAGAAGUUUCAGCAGAACCAGCAUGAGGAGAGUCAUAGAGCAUUUGAGCAGAAACUUAUUUGGCAGAAGCAGGACGUGAGGCAUCUUAAGGAGAUUUCCCUUUGGAACCAAACUUUUGAUAAGGUUGUUGAGUUGUUAGCCAGGACUGUGUGUACUCUUUAUGCUAAGAUUUGUGCGGUAUUUGGAGAACCUGUAUUGAGGAAGGAGAGUUCUGGGGAUAUUGGAGGGACUGGUUCUUCCCCUCCCAUGAAGGAUGAACGUGGGGGGGUUUCAGGUAAGAUAAUGAGUACAGGAUCACUGAAGCGGGCUAUUAGCAGGAGAAGCAGUAAUGGGUUUCAAUCAGGACCAGUGGUGACGAGAAGGGAGACAAGUAUUAAGCAUCAAGUUGAUUUGCAGAGAGGCGAAGAAGAAGCAGUAUUUCGAACUGAAGAAAUAAUUUUUCCAUGUGUGACUAGUCCUGGAAGGUUUUUCAUGGAUUGCCUCAGCUUGAGUAGUUCGGCUUCUAAAUUGGACAAUGAUGAAGAUGACGUUGCUGUUGAUAAUGAAGAGUGGGGUAGCCAAAUUUCUGGUUGCUGUAGUGUUGGGAAUGGUGGUAUGAGGAGAGAGCGCCCUAGUAUGUCAGGCUGUUCUAAUCGGAUCACAAGUGGUUUCUCUUUUAGCACGAAAAGUAGGUUAACAGUGCAUGCUCCACCCUCCACUGUAGGCGGAUCGGCUCUUGCUUUGCGUUAUGCAAAUGUGAUCAUUGUUAUAGAGAAGCUGCUUCGAUAUCCCCAUCUAGUUGGUGAGGAAGCUAGGGAUGAUUUGUAUCAGAUGUUACCAACAAGCUUAAGAAUGUCUCUGAGAAUCAAUCUAAAGUCUUACAUCAAGAAUCUGGCUAUCUAUGAUGCUCCACUUGCCCAUGAUUGGAAAGAUACACUUGAUCGGAUUUUAAAGUGGCUUGCUCCACUUGCGCAUAAUAUGAUCAGGUGGCAAAGUGAGCGAAACUUCGAGCAACAUCAAAUUGUCAAACGGACAAAUGUUCUUCUGCUUCAGACAUUAUAUUUCGCGGACAGGGUAAAAACAGAGGCAGCUAUUUGUGAACUUCUUGUUGGGUUGAAUUACAUAUGUCGUUAUGAACAUCAGCAAAAUGCUUUAUUGGACUGUGCAAGUAGCUUUGAUUUUGAAGAUUGCAUGCAAUGGCAAUUGCAGUGCCGAGCUGCUUUUGUUGAUUAACAAUUUAUGGCUGAAUUUUCAUACUGAAGAAGUUUGUAAAGCGUAGUUGUUAACUUCUGAUAUUUGCAGACACAUAUUACGGUUCAAUUGGAUGAGUUUUAGCUUUGCACACUGAUGACUUGUAUUAUUUAUGACCUGAGUUGAUUAAUGUACUCUACUGCCAGAUAUUGGAAAAUUUUGGCAUUUGAAGUACAUAAAUUCAAUCAUUUGUUGAAAGAAAAAGUAUCUUUCUGUACAAUUUGUAUACCUUUUUUGUGUAUGACUUUCAUUCUUGCUUAUGAAAAAUUUCCAAUCAUUUCUUUUUCCCA